CUGAUAAAAAGAGUAAACCGAUUCCGAUAUCGAUUCCGAGUCAUCGCCGCCGUGAGGGAUGGACCGGUCUAAGGUGCAAAGGCGGCCGAAGUACGAUGGUGACGAAUCUCCUCCGCCUGAUUUUGAUGGCGGAGAUGAAGAUCAUGGUGCGGUGGAAGUAAGCGGAGGAGAUCAGACGCCUUUCGCUGGUGGUAAAGUAAGGAGGAAAGCGUCUCGCUAUAGAGAGCAUCGUGGUGAUUAUCUCCACGUCUCCUCGCGUCCUGGAUUGAUGCGGAUUCUGGAGAAACAAGGCGACACGUCGAUUCUUUUUGCUGAUAAAGUUUUGAAGUUCACUGGCUCCGGGAAGAUGAAAAGGCGUAUCUUUAUACUCACUGACUUUGCUAUCUAUCUAAUUGAUCCUGAGACUGAAGCUAUGACCAGGAGAAUAGCCCUGGCAGCAGUAGAGAAGAUGUGUUUGAGCAAAUUGAGCGAUAACUUCUUCGCUAUCAUUAUUCCCACGGAAUAUGAUCUAUUCAUGGCCAGCACUAGAAAGACUGAACUUGUUCAGGUUAUGGUAGAUGUGACCAAAAGUGCAUCUGACUAUGAACUUGAAGUGCUUCUUUCUAACAGAUUUGAGUACAAUGCUUCGGCCUCAUUAGUAAAGGAAGUUUCUUUUGAGGAAUCUGAAGGGGGUAUCAAGACCAAAUUUUUGUGGAAGUGACUACAUCUCAACUUUCCUCGCUGUUCAUAGACUUUGAGGGACCACGAGUAAGACCUGUUUCGACUUUCAAAUGUGAAUGGAUUCUUUCCUGUUGGCUACUAAAAGAUGAAAUCAGGGUGGUAUGUGUUGUUUAUUAUAUUCUGUUUCAUCUUGUUUUCUCUUCUUCCCUAGAAAGAACUAUGUACCUUUUCUAAUAUGAAGAAGUUUGUUUAUCUAAAUUCAUGUGUGAACUGAGUUCCUUUUCGGGUC